AUGCGCUUUGACUACAUCCUGGAGGCACCCACGGCCGCGGCGCAAAAGGCCGACGAGCCCACUCUCACGUACCUCAACAAGGGCCAGCUGUACGGGAUAUCGAUGAUGGACAAGAUGCACUCUGACACGUUCUACAGCACCACGCUGCGCAUUUCGUUCCACGAGGACUCGCACCGCAAGGGUGCCGCUACGUACUGGAACUUUUGGCUCAAUCAGCAAGAGAACCCACGUGUUGCACGCGCCAUUGAGCUGGACAAGGCCGGCUCCAUUGGUGUGGUUUCUGCGGAAACUAAGCAGUUUGACCGGGUGACGUUCCAGUGGCAGGGGAGGCGGGGCGCCAAGAUCAUGGUCCGCUUCAACUGCCUGUCGACUGACUUUAGCCGCAUCAAGGGCGUCAAGGGAAUCCCACUGCGCAUCCACCUCGACACGCACUACGCGACCCCUGCUCCGAUGGGCGCUACCACAUUUUCGCCGACAUCUGCCAACAGCAGCCUUGCGUCUGGCAAAAUCAUUGAGCGCUGCUAUGCGCGCAUAAAGCUGUUCCGCGACAAGGGUGCUGAGCGGAAAAAUAAGGACGACCAGCGGCAUCUUGACAAGCUGUGGGAAAAGCAAAAGCCAAGCUAUCGCUCACCGGCAGCAACGGCGGCAGCACCACCACGAUGA